GGGAGAGAGUGUGUUUCCCAUUAGCCUCAUCAUCUACGCUUAUACUCCUACUUUCCUAUGGAUACCUGGUAUUUGCUUAUACCACAGAAAAUGGAAACUACCUGUUUGUUGUUAUUGAAAGUAAUGCCAUGCUUGCAUCAUCUCAACAGCAACACGAUGAACUGAAUGAUUACGUAAACUACUGCUUCAAGUUCACAUCUCAGAUCAGAGCCAGCCAUGGGGAGAGGAUAUUACAUCAGCAAACAUAUGGCCACUGCAGCCUUGGUACUGGCAACAAUAGCCUUGGCAACCAUCAUUACAUUAUCCAUUGUUUACAAUCAAGAAAAGGCCAAAAAUGCAUCAAAAUUCACUGACAUAACCACAUCACCUGUACCGCCCACCCCAUAUACUUCAAACGAACCCUGGGACAAAUACAGGCUGCCUGAUACUUUGUCUCCUCAGUACUACAAUGUGACUCUUUGGCCCCGUCUGGUGAUGGAUGUCAAUGGAAUGUAUAUUUUCACAGGGAACUCUGGAGUGAUGUUUACUUGUGUGAAGAAGACAGACUUGAUAUUAAUUCACUCCAACAAGCUGAACUUGACUCUCUUCAAGGGGCACCAUGCAAAGCUAAUGGGUUUUGGUGGUGUAACAGCUCCAACCAUAAAAACAACAUGGUUUCAGACGGAAACACAUUAUUUGGUGGUUCAGCUGGAUGGAAAACUGAAACCUGGAAAGUACUACUGGCUCUAUACAGAAUUCAGAGGGGAGCUUGCUGAUGAUCUGGAAGGUUUCUACAGGAGUGAAUACAUGGAAGAUGGCACAAAAAAAAUUAUUGCCAUCACUCAGAUGCAGGCCACCUACGCUAGAAAAGCUUUUCCAUGUUUUGACGAACCUGGCAUGAAAGCUGUAUUUCAUAUCACUCUCAUUCAUGACACAGGAACAAUUGCACUGUCAAACAGCCAAGAAAUUAAGACAGAAAAUGUCAUCAUCGAUGGAACUGCUGUUACCAGGACGAUAUUUGAGCCCACAAAGAGGAUGUCAACGUAUCUUGUAGCAUUUGUUGUCAGUGAUUUUACGUACAUCAAUGCUAAAAACAACAAGGGUGUUUUGGUUAGAAUAUGGGCACGGAAAAAAGCCAUCGAAGAGGGACAAGGAGACUACGCACUCAGCAUCACCCAGCCAAUACUGGAGUUCUUCGAGAAGUACUACAACACGAGCUAUCCACUUUCUAAGUCAGACCAGAUUGCUCUGCCUGACUUCAAAUCUGGUGCCAUGGAAAACUGGGGUCUUGUCACUUACAGAGAGACGGCCCUUCUAUAUGACCCCCAGAUAUCUGCCAAUGGCAACAAACAGAUGAUUGUGACUGUGGUUUCUCACGAACUGGCUCACAUGUGGUUUGGAAAUCUUGUGACGCUGAAAUGGUGGAAUGAUCUCUGGUUGAACGAAGGGUUUGCUUCAUAUGUGGAAUAUCUGGGCGCUGAUUAUGUGGAGCCGACCUGGAACAUUAAAGACCAGAUCAUUGUGUAUGAUCUGCAAAGAGCAUUUGCAGUGGACAGUCUGACCUCCUCUCAUCCCCUUUCUCGGAAGGAAGAAGAGGUCAACACCCCUUCGGAAAUAAGUGAAAUGUUCAGCACCAUAUCCUACAGCAAGGGAGCUGCAGUGCUUAAGAUGCUCUCAGAAUUCUUGACGGAGAAUGUGUUUGCCAAGGGACUGAGUAAUUAUCUGAAGCAGUUUGCUUUUGGAAGCACUGUGCAUUCAGAUCUUUGGGAUCAUAUUCAAAAGGCCGUUGAUCAAACUCCAGAGGUGAAACUACCAUAUAGUGUUCAUGACAUCAUGAACCGCUGGAUUCUUCAGAUGGGUUUCCCUGUUGUCACCAUUGACACUCAAACAGGGAACAUCAGCCAAAAGCACUUUCUUCUCGAGCCAGAGGCAGUGGUGGACAGGAAAUCUGAAUUCAAUUAUGAAUGGUUUGUGCCAAUCACAUGGAUGAAAAAAGGUCAAGUUCUGGAUCAACUGUGGCUUCUGCAGAAAUCAGCCAUACACAAACCCAUGAAAGUCAGCAAAAGUGAAUGGGUGCUGGCUAACCUCCAUGUGUCAGGAUUUUUUAGAGUGAAUUAUGACCUUGGGAACUGGGAGCGACUUCUCAUGCAGCUAGAAUCAAACCACCAGAUGAUACCAGUGCUUAACAGAGCUCAGAUUUUGGAUGAUGCAUUUAAUCUAGCAAGAGCAUCCAUUAUAAACAUAACGCUCGCCCUGAGAACAACUAAAUAUCUUUUGCAUGAGCGGCAAUACAUUCCAUGGGAGGCAGCCCUGCGGAAUCUCAAUUAUAUUUUCCAACUCUUUGAUCGCAGUGAAGUUUAUGGUGCCAUUCAGGCUUACCUCAAGAAACAAGUCAAACCUCUGUUUGAGAAUUUUGGAGCUAUUACCUCAAACUGGACAACAGUACCCUCUGGCCACACUGAUCAGUUCACACAGAUCAUUGCACUAUCACUAGCUUGCAGUACUGGUAUGGAGAGAUGCAGAGAUUUAACCAAGAGCUGGUUCAGAAGAUGGAUGCAGAAUCCUCAUAAGAACACGAUCCAUCCCAACCUGAGGUCUACAGUGUACUGUAAUGCUAUUGCUGCAGGCGGCACAGAUGAGUGGAACUUUGGCUGGCAGAUGUUCCAGAAGGCUACAGUUGCAGCUGAAGCUGUGAAACUCAGAUCAGCUCUGGCCUGCACAAAAGUGCCCUGGUUACUCAGCAGGUACCUGGAAUAUACCAUGAACCCAGAAAAGAUACGAAAGCAAGAUGCCACUUCUACCAUAGGGUACAUUGCUAGUAAUGUUGUUGGCCAGCCUUUAGCAUGGGACUUUGUUCGGGCUAAUUGGGACUAUUUUUUCAAAGUGUACGGCACUGGAUCAUUCACUUUCUCAAGACUAAUUGGUGACAUCACCAACAGAUUUAGCACACCUUUUGAGCUCAGUCAGUUAAAAUGGUUCCAAAAGGACAAUGCUGAGACCGGAUUUGGCUCGGGAACUCAAGCCCUGCAACAGGCCAUUGAGAAGACAACAGCCAAUAUUAAGUGGCUGGCAGAGAACAGGGAACAUGUACUGCAGUGGUUCAUUUCAGAAUCAGCAUAACAUCAUGUCCAUGAUAAGAGAGAUCAGAGUCAGCUCAAUGUCACUUCAGUCAUUUUAGCUGGAUGCACUUAAAUUCAAAGUAAAGGGAUAGUUCACCCAAAAAUAUUUUUUUUAUUAUAGUUUAUUCUACCUCAUGUCCUUUCCAACCAGUAUUAUUUUCUUUAGUGAAACACAAAAGGAGAUAUUAUGUAAGCAUACAGUAAUCAGGGGCUGUUAAGCUCCAAAAAGGACAAAGAGCACCAUUAAAGUAGUCCAUACAUCUAGUGAGCUACAUUCUAAAGCCAAAAGUAUACUUCAGUUAGACCUGAAUGCUAGGCAUCUGCGAACAGGAUGCAUGAUGCAAAUUUUGUCAUCAGAAGAGUUCUCAAAUGCUGAAUGUGUGCGGCACAAUUUUUCUAACCGCGCACAGUCUGAACGCGCAGAAUGCACAUGCAUCUGGAAUUAUUUGCACUAAUAAGUCGGUCCACAAGGUGGAAACACUCGUAAUUAAGCCAAUGCUUUCAUGAAGAAGUGCAUGAAGAAUAAGAUGCUAUAGCCAGUAAACAACAGGAGACAAAAAUGGAAUGUGGAUGUGCACGUCAAGAGCGCAUCUGUGAGGAGGUCAGGAGAUACCUGCAUUUGUAUAACUUGAGUCUACACGUUAAAGACAUUUUUAUAGGACUAAACUCCUGAAGAGAAGUAGUCUAGUAUCUCAUAGCAGUCGUAGCACGCAUGUGCCUACCACUUGCAUGGAGUAUAAAUUGAAAGGCUGACCAUUCAACUGCAUGCGUACGCUCAGCGUUCACUUCAAAACUGAAGUGUACUUUGGGCUUAAGUCUUCUAAGGACAUAUGAUAGGUUUUGGAAGGAACAGACUGAAAUUUAAGUUAUUAUUCACUAAAAAAUCUUCACUGCUGUAGCUUUCAAAUGUCAUUUGCGCUUCCACAUAUUCAAACAGGUUCAACGUCAAUAAUGCCAAACACCAUUGGUUCUCUCAUGUUUCUUAAUAAUGCGGAGGCUUGAAUAUGUGGAAGUGUGAAAAGGGUGAAUAAAUGGCAACAUAAUUUUCAUUUUUGGGUGAACUGUUCCUUGAAACUGAGGUCUACUUUUCAUUGAGUGUAUUGUAGGAUCUGAUCCUUGAACUCAAUAAAUUCAUCCUGUAAUAUGGCUGAAUAAAAAUUAAAUGUAUGCUUGCUUAAUGAAUUUAGCAGAUGCUUUUAUCCAAAGGCUAGGUAAAGGCAAGUUAAAGCAUACAUAUCACAAGGACUGUCCUGCUGGACCAACCAGCGGUUUGGUAUCAAUUGCACCAGCUACAGGUUGAUAGUUCAUGGGUUGCCCCUUCUAUGAUUUGAACCGACAAGCCCAGAUAUUUAACCAUUUGACCACAUCACCGGGAUGCAAAUGUAGAGGAAUGUACAUACAAGAGACUAUGCAAAACACACUGACAAUGAAUUUGUGUAUAAUCAUCUUUAUAAUGUUACCUGGUUAUUGUUGUUAUGGUGAAUGGACAUUUAAUUUGCUCAUAUGCCACUGUUACACUGUACAAGACAAAUAGGUGCUGCAUAAAUAAAACAUUUAUAUGAUUUUCUUUUUUUUUUUUUUUGCUUGUUUUUGUACAUUUGCUUUUAAAUUAGUCAUUUCUUUGUUUAUUUUGAAUAAAUAUACAAGUUUUGGAAACUUA